AUGAUACCAGCGCCUCAACAAACCGCGACGUCGAUAGUUCCGCCCGUUAAAUUGCCGCCAGGAGAACCGGUAACAACGUCAGAAGCAGCAAUGCGAGAACAGCUACUAAAAAAGCAACGAGAAUUAUUAGAAUUACAAAAGAAGAAAAUAGAGUUAGAAUUAUUGCAAGCUAAAGCGAGUUUAGAACAACAGCAGAGACAAUUUGACAAACAAGCUGGAAAUUUGAAGACAGAAGUAUCAACGAUUGUGCCUACCACAAAUGCUACGCCAAUUACGGAGACAACGACGCAGGCAAAACUUAUCGCACCUGUAGUGCCAAAUCAAACUUCAAAACAAGUAGCAAAACAAUUUCCAGCAGCGACAGCAUCGCUUUUAAAGAACGUAGGUGCGAAUACCGGUCCACGAAUCGCACCAGCUAGUAGUAUAGCAGUAGCAUCGGCUAAGCCAGUCUCGCGAGAUCCACGUUUGAAGCCUACUCCUGCUGUCCAGGAUAUGAUAGUGCCAACAGUAGAUCCACGACAGCGACCGGGUACGACUAGUCCGAAAGAAUCGCGGAGUGAAGGUCAAGCACCGCAAGUGGCAAAUACAAUUGUAACAAACCAAUUAAAACAGCAGAUACUUUCGAAAUCGGCUGUAACUAUCAACAAGUCUCCAGCGAAUUCUGCCGGAUCUGAUAAUCCGACGUUAUUAAACGUUAUUAAUAACAAUCAUACUGAUACGAACAAUAGUAAUAAUAAAAAUUUCAGUAGUAAUAUAAAUAAAGAUGCUCUCUUGCAUCGAGUAACAAAAAAAGACCCUCGAUUAAAUAUUAAUAGUAGUGGUAACCUGAACAGUAACAAUUCCAAGAGCGGCCAGAAUUUACCGGUUUGCAGUAAUAAUUCUUCAGUAUUGUCAACGGGCAAUCGAGGAAGUGGAGGCGGUGAUACCAACAAUAAAUCGAAAGAUUCGAAGAGCUCGAACUCGCGUGGCUCUUCCUCUUUAAUCGAUAAAUCUUCCACUUCCUCUAAAUCUUCGCAUAGGAAAUUAGGCAAUAAGUCGCGAUCUAAACAACCUCAAAUGUGUCCGAAUAAGAUUCCGAAAGUCGACAGAGAUUCGAGUCCGGUUAGGUCAAAAUCUCGCGAAAAAGACAGCGGAGACAGUUCACCGUCCUCACGUACCUCUCCACAAUCCUCCUUCCAAGCCUCUAAAAAUCGCAAGAAGAAUACAAAAUCGAGAAAGCGUAGUCCAAGUCCUCCGUACAGAAUACCCAGGCGUAACGAUGCGAAAUCAAGCUCGAGCUUGAACAAUUCCGGUGGUGUUACUGAGGAGGAGCAAUCUGGUUCAUUGAUAGUAUCUCCUCCUCAUCCACCCGCAUUCAAAGAGAUCAGGCCGAAUGCUAGACAGAGAAAUUAUGUAAGACGAAAUAAAGACGGCAGUCUUAGUCCGGAACGUUCUCCAGCCAGUGCUGGAAAUGCUCAAAUCGGUGCCGAGCCAACUUUGGAAUCUUCUAGCAAGGAUGAAGAUCUCAGGGCACCACUGUCUCUACCUGGCGCCCCUGUUUCCGUACCCGAAAAGAAAGAAGAUUUAGAUCUACGAGUAUUACCGUCUGUUAACACUAACAAAAGACGCAGUGAGGAACAUAUAGAGGCGACUCCACCGAAGAAAACCAAAGCUGAAAAGUUUGAUGCAUUAUUCGGUAAUGAAGAUGUGGAUUUGCGUACUUUGACGCAUCCUAAAGCGGGUCGGCCUCCGACACCUCCACCGCCCGUGAUCUCCGGGGAGGAUGGAAAAGAUAGUUGGGCGAAAUUAAAGACGCCUACGAAAAAUGACAGAGAUAAACAAGUUAACAAUACCGAUGAUAAGCGGGAGAGAGAUCGUAAUCGGGAUAGAUUGGGCCGUCUCAGAUUGUAUAAUAAGCUUCCGGAUGAUCCUAAAGAGAGAAGGAGAACAUUGUCGAACGAAGAACAGGAUGUCAGACCGGGACGCAGAGGUCGGGAGAAUGAUAAACCCGAGAGAAACGACGAUAGAAAUAUUGAGAUAAUAAUGAAACAAGCUGCCGAACAAUUGAAUCAAGGUUCGAUCACGAAGAUGCAGUAUAAUACUCUGAUACAAGAAGUUUUACAUAUGAGUGAGGAUCGUAAACUGCGAGCUGCGCAGCGUAAAGAAAAAGAAGGUGGUACUGUAAUAUGGGAAAAAGGUAUUAAUAUAGAUAUGUCUGGUCCAGGAGAUCGCGCAGCAACAUUCAGUCCGUCCAAUGAUAAGGAAGUAAUGCGGGGCAAGGAACAUCCAAUACCACGCAAUCCGAACGGUCCGAGAUGGCAGAAUCAGCCAUGGCAACAACCAUGGGCGCAUCCACCAGGACCACCGUAUGGCGGGCCGCAACACUUUAAUUCGGACAUGAGACCUGUCGGUCCUCCUUGGCAGAAUCCACGACAUUUUCCGAUGCGACCGGAUUAUCAGUAUCAUGGUAGUUUUAAUCAUAACAUGGGAUCGAAUCCGCGUUUACCUGGUAUAAUGGGUCCGAUGGGCCCGAACGGUCCGAUCGUGCCGAAUAUUUUACCAAAUGGCCCGAUGGGACCAAUGGGACCCAUGCCAAAUCCUUCUAUGACGAUAGGAUGUCACCCCGCGAUAAUAAUGAACAACGGACCGAUGACAAAUCUUAUGACAAAUAUGCCACCUCUAGCGUCUGGUCGAAACGUAUCGCCAAAUACAUCUUCUAAAUACGAUCUUGAGGAUAACGAUCAGAAUUACGGUAAUACGAUAAUGAAGAAUCCGAACUCACACAGCCGCGAAUUGCCAUCGCCGGAUCCAAAGCUGUUGACCGAAAUCGCAAGAGACACCAUGAAGUCUAUAAACAUUGACAAUAUACCACGAGAGAUUCGUUAUUAUGGACAGACGGGUGUAGUGUUCAUGAAUUGGGAUGAUCCGCGAGAGAUUGGUUUCCAGGAUGGCAUAAGAAGAAUAUUGAUUGAUGAGAAAGAUACGAUAACUUGCGCAUUUAAUGAUCAAUACAAGGAAUUCAUGUACGAGGGAGAAGUACAUAGGAUUAAAUUGGGUGCACCUACUCGAGAAUUGUAUGUAGAUGAUUGCUGGUAUGAGUGUUACUUUGGCGGUAUGCCGAUAACAAUCGAACUCGGCGGUAAGAAAGUCAGUGUAAAACUAGAGGGUCCUCCGCCACAAGUCAAGAUCGGCACCGUGAAGCGAACCGAUCUUGUAGUCGCGAAAAUUAAUCUCAUUAUCAAUGCGAGAAAUAUGGUACCAGUAUUCUUAGAUGCGAAACCACAGAUAUUUGAAAUCGAGGGAAAGCCUCAUACGCUAGAAUUUACAGAUGCAUUACAAACGGUACAUUUAAAUGGACGACCAUUUAAAGUUGAAUUUGGAGGAUUACCUAAACCUAUUAUUGUUAGAGACAAAAAGCAUUUCAUCAGAUUUUCAGUAUUACCAAGAGGAGUGCGUGCUGGUCAUGUUAAGAUCACUGGAAUGAGAGGCGAAGGUCCCAUCGAGUCGCCGCCACCGGCGACGUCUGUCGUAACUCAAAAACCGAAGGUAGAUGUUACACCUACGCCAAGCCAAGUGCCGACCACGGAACAUGAAUCCACAUCGCAAGAUGGUUCAGAUUUCACUUCCACUUCAAAACCAGAUCUGCAAUUAGAUAUAUUAUCAUCAGUUUUACCAUCAGCUAUGGCGCCGUCAUCAGGUUUGUCGUAUCAAGCCGAACCCGUUGAAAAUCCGCCUGUACCUGCACCGACAUUACCAUUGAAUAUGAGCGAAUUGUUCCAAAGGUUAGUCGAGACUGGUAUCGUUCCUAAUCUCAUGGAACAAAAGAAACAAGAGGAAGAAGAGAAGAAAGAGCCUGAGAUUACUCCAGUCUCCUUCGAUAAACCGGAGACUCUUAAGAUUAAACAACCAGCAAUUGCUACAGCAUUAUAUAGUGGCAUGCAGUGCAGUUCUUGCGGCGCUAGAUUUGCGCCUGAAUUAGCUACUCGAUACAGUCAUCAUUUGGAUUGGCACUUUAGACAAAACAGACGCGAACGUGACUCCGCAAGAAAAGCGCAUUCACGACCAUGGUAUUAUGACGUCAGCGAUUGGAUACAAUUCGAAGAGAUCGAAGAUUUAGAAGACAGAGCAAAAACUUGGUUUGAAACUGAGAAACAGACGGCAGAAACAGAAGGUACGGCUACUGAUGAUUCGCCUCAAGAAACAUUGCAGCCCAGUGUACCAACUGGCAGCGAUGAAGAUUCGCGAUGCCAAGUGUGCCAUGACGCAUUCGAACAAUUCUAUAAUGAGGAAAAAGAGGAAUGGCAUUUGAGACCAGCAGUAAAUUACGAAAACAAGAAUUAUCAUCCGCUAUGUUUGGAAGAUUAUAAGGAAAAGAAUCUAGCGAGAUCGUUAGAAAAAUCAGCGUUGACGCUUGAGGAGACAGUUACGGAGGUAGAGGAAAAUAAAGUAGAAUGUUCCGAAGAAACGCCCGGCGAUGAAAUUAAACAGGAAGAAUCUGACGCAGAAGUGUCGAAUAAAGAGCACCAAUCUGCGGGAAAUUUGAACGAAGUAGAAUUAAACGUGCUAAAACUCUUAGAUAUUGCAGCGUCAAAGAAUAAAGAAGAAUCCGAUAAGGCGGAUAAUUCCGAAGUUCCGCAGGAUGUUACUGAAGAAAAAGAGAAAGUGGAAAGCGCCAAUGAGGAGAAUAACACGGAUGAGGGUAUCACGGAAGAUGGCGAAAAAGAUGCACCUGCAGUAAAUAAAGAAGACGAGUCCACAGGUGAAAGUGCACCAGUUUCUUUUGAAAAUAUUAAGAUUAAAGAGGAACCAUUGGAUGACGAUGACAUUGACGAACAACCCGAAAGCGAAAUAUUCGAUUUCGCCAACGUGGAAAUCAAAGAAGAACCUAUGGAACCUGAACCAGAUCCCGAACAAAUUGUGAAUGAAUCCGGUACGGUUGAUACGACGUAUGCGGCAGUGAAAAGUUCCAUCGAUGGAAAUGUAGAACUGGACUCGACGCCAGCGGCUAUUCCUGCGGCCCCAUCGCGGAUCAAGAUCAAUAUUACUAAGCCGCUGAAUACCAACAAAGAGCCGGAAGAGAAUAAAGAGAAGGAGAAAGUGACAGUCGAGACGCCCAUAGAGGAAAACGCGGAACAACCAUUAGUGGCAGCUUCCAUUAAACCGAGUUUACAGGGUAGGAAGCUAUCGAAUUUACCUCCCGUAGAGAAAGGGCAAGAAUUAUCAGGACUCUGCUCUAUAAUGUAAAUAGCGUAUGUACAAAAAUCGUUUAGGGAUGGAUCUAUAUGAACGCGAAUGUAUAAAAUACUAGAUUUAUGUUUAGAUAGAACACAAUCGAUUUCUAACAUAUUUACACGUUGUACAUCAUAAAUUUAUACAACUUGUGCGACAUGAUAAUGUGAUUUUCACAGGAGUCCCGUAAAACGUUUCUCGUUCUAUCUAAUAUGCCGUUUACCUAUUCUCAUUUAGAUAAAUAAAUCAGUAAACUUAAAUUAAAUUUAAUUGGUAAAUUAAUUUAAAUUUAUGAGUUAGGCGCGGUUUAUUCGAAAGUACGAAUAAAACUAUUAAUUUUUGAGUCACAUCAAUUAUGAAUUCAAUCAUGUCGUAUAAGUUUAAAAAAAAAAGUGUGAAAUGUGUGCAAGUGUGGAUCUUAAGUAUUAACAUCUCGAAAUGGAGGCAAAAAAAAGAAAAGUAGAGCUGUAAAUAUUUUAUGUAAUUUAGAAAGAUGUGUAGUAGCAUUCCUGCGUGAGUGAAUGUAUUAUUUAGCAGCAUGCUUUGUGAUAACAGGGACUAUCACAAAUUUACUGAUAAUUUACCGUACUGAAAAUUUCAAGUACUAUAUCCGUACUUGAGUUUAAUGAUGUUUUAUGUUCACUAAAAAAAUUCCAAGUACUGUUCGUACUUGUGCAAAUUUGACGGUGAUUUGCACUCACCUGCAACGUUAAGUACUAUUUGUACUUUUGCGAAAUGCGACAAACUCUUCGAAAUGAAUGUUCGUUAGGGGGAAAAGAACAAAAUUCAUUUCAAGGUGUACAAAUGUGAUAUAUGGGUUAUCUACUUGUAAUAUAGCUAUAAAUCAUCAACGGAAAAACAAUGACGACAAAAAAAA